UGCAAACCCACCGAGAACCUCCACCCUCUGACAUCAUGGUCAACUCCUGUUGUGGCUCCGUCUGCUCUGACCAGGGCUGUGGCCAGGAGACCUGCUGCCACCCCACCUGCUGCCAGACCACCUGCUGCAGGACCACCUGCUGCCGCCCCAGCUGCUGUGUGUCCAGCUGCUGCCGCCCCUCCUGCGGUGGCUCCAGCUGCUGUGGCUCCAGCUGCUGCCGCCCCUCCUGCUGCAUCUCCAGCUGCUGCCGCCCCUCCUGCGGUGGCUCCAGCUGCUGCAGGCCCAGCUGUUGCAUCUCUAGCUGCUGCCGCCCCACCUGCUGCCAGACCACCUGCUGCAGGACCACCUGCUGCCGCCCCAGCUGCUGUAUCUCCAGCUGCUGCCGCCCCUCCUGCGGUGGCUCCAGCUGCUGCAGGCCCAGCUGCUGCAUCUCUAGCUGCUGCCGCCCCACCUGCUGCCAGACCACCUGCUGCAGGACCACCUGCUGCCGCCCCAGCUGCUGCGUGUCCAGCUGCUGCUGCCCCUCCUGCGGUGGCUCCAGCUGCUGCAGGCCCAGCUGCUGCAUCUCUAGCUGCUGCCGCCCCACCUGCUGCCAGACCACCUGCUGCAGGACCACCUGCUGCCGCCCCAGCUGCUGUGUGUCCAGCUGCUGCCGCCCCUCCUGCGGUGGUUCCAGCUGCUGCAGGCCCAGCUGUUGCAUCUCUAGCUGCUGCCGCCCCACCUGCUGCCAGACCACCUGCUGCAGGACCACCUGCUGCCGCCCCAACUGCUGUGUGUCCAGCUGCUGCCUCCCCAGCUGUUGCUAG